UGUCCCUUUUCCCGUUUCACUCCUCGCUCCGCUCCUCCCUCUCUUCAAACGCACCGAAGCUUGGGCGUCAAGGCUUCCCGUCCUCUUCUUUUUCUCUUCUCUCGCUCCGCCGUGGCCUUUUUCUUCUACCCCCUUGUGUCAUCUCUAUCUCCAAAAUUUUGUCCGACAAUGCAAGAAAAAAAAGCCCUAACCGUCGCCAAGGAUUUGUAACAACUCCCCUCCACUCGAUCGUUAUUUUCCAUGGAAAUGGGGGAGGAGCGGGAGAAGGAGAGGUGAUUGGGCUUUCGUUUUGGGCAUGACGUUUGCUCAUCUGGUGCUCGGCUUGCCCCGGCCGGGCCCUGGCUUCGGGAAUUGCGGUCUGAGUGAGAGGCGCAAGGCCUUGGCUUCGGGCGGCGUGGCCUCGCUUGGUUGUAAGGGGAACGGCGGAGUUCAAAACGAGGUUUCUCUGGAGACUAGAUCCCGUUCCUUCCGGAGGGAGAUCUCCGGGCAGGCGAGGGUGAGGGUGAUGAAGGGGCCGGCCGUGGCAAAUGGCCAGGUUCGAUCGGGCGUUGAGGUUCCCGUCACUUGUUAUCAGAUUCUUGGCUUACCUGAGCAAGCUGAAAAGGAUGAGAUUGUGAAAGCAGCAAUGGAGCUGAAGAAUUCACAGAUUGAAGAUGGAUACACAGCAGAUGUCAUUAUUUCCCGGCAGGAUCUUUUGAUGGAUGUGAGGGAUAAACUUCUUUUUGAGCUGGACUAUGCUGGCAAUAUAAAGGAAAAUAUUCCACCAAAAUCUAUUCUUCAUAUUCCUUGGAAUUGGCUGCCUGGUGCCCUUUGCCUUCUACAGGAGGUGGGACAGGAAAAACUGGUAUUGGAUAUUGGUCGAGCAGCUGUGCAACUUCCUGAUGCUAAACCAUAUGUUCAUGAUUUGCUUGUCUCCAUGGCACUAUCUGAAUGCUCAAUUGCGAAGACUGGUUUUGAAAAAAGCAAAGUAUCUGAAGGAUUUGAAGCUCUAGCUCGUGCUCAAUACCUAUUGAGGAGCAAAAUUUCUCUAGGAAAAAUGCCAUUGCUAUCACAGAUAGAAGAAUCCUUAGAGGAGCUUGCACCUGCUUGCACAUUGGAGAUAUUAGACAUGCCUCGCACUCCUGAUAAUGCUGAACGUAGGAGAGGAGCAAUUUCAGCCUUGCGUGAAUUGCUUAGACAGGGUCUUGAUGUUGAAUCUUCAUGUAGAGUUCAAGACUGGUCUUGUUUCUUGAGCCAGGCAAUGAAUAAGCUAAUGGCUACUGAAAUAGUAGAUCUUCUUUCUUGGGACAGCUUGGCUGUUAGUCGCAAGAACAAGAAAUCUCUAGAAUCACAGAAUCAGAGAGCUGUAAUUGAUUAUAAUUGUUUUUAUAUGGGGAUGAUAGCUCAUAUUGCUCUUGGAUUUUCAAAAAGACAAAUUGAUAAGAUCGCUAGAGCAAAAACCAUCUGUGAGUGUUUGCUUGCAUCAGAUGGUGUGGAUUUAAAAUUUGAGGAAGCCUUCUGCUCUUUUCUUCUUGGGCAGGGUGAUGGGACAGCAGCUAUUGGAAAACUUCACCAACUUGAAGUCAAUGGAAAUUCAACUUUACGGACUUUUGAUCCAACUACAGUAAGAGACAACAAAGUCAAGGGCACUGUUAAUCAGUUGUUGGAAACAUGGCUGAAGGAUGCUGUUCUAUGUCUGUUUCCCGAUACACGAGAUUGCUCUCCAUCAUUGGCCAAUGUUUUUGGGGGCCCAAAGCAGAUUCUAAGUGUUGGCAAGCAAAAAAUAGGAAACAUGAAAAGGGUCCCUUCUACUAGUUAUCGACCACCAUCCUUUGUUCUUUUUCCUGUCCAUGGAGCGUCUGCAGAGCAGAAGGCACAUAUUAAUUCAACUAGACAUCUGGGUGAAGCUGUCAAGCAACUUGCACCAGCUGACCUUCAGAGUCAACCAGCUUUAGUUAAGGGUCCUGGUAGCCCUAGUGGCGCAUGUUUUCAGCUAAAGAGAAACCUUGGAAUAAAUCACACAGAAAGUUUGAAAGGCUGGUAUUUGGUAGGAGACAUAGCAGGGAAAGCUGUAAGUACUACUCUUGCGGGAUGCUUUCUACUCGGUGCCUUUAAGCUCUUCAAUAUGCAAUUUAUUCACACUAAGUUUUCACAUAAAUGGCACUCUGGUCACCCAAUGAGCCAAGAAGCCCUCGCCUGGACCAUGAGUCAACAUUCAGGCUUAAAAAGUGCUUCUGGCUUUAUUGAUAGAAACAUUUGGGCCCAGCUUAGGAACCUGUUGAUUCCAUUCAGGAGACACCUUAAGCAUCAAAAAGAUGCUGAAACUUUGCAGAAUUCAUGGCCCACUGAUGAUCUCUCACUUCUACCUGCUGUUGCUGGUAAUUUGCUACAAAUGGAACAAAUGGCUGUGGAAGAAGCAGAAGCCCUGGUGAAGCAAUGGCAAGACAUCAAAGCUGUGGCACUGGGUCCAAGCUAUAAAAUACAAGCACUCUCAGAGAUUCUUGCUGAGUCUAUGCUUUCAAAGUGGCAAGAUUUAGCACAUUCAGCAAAAGCUAGGUCAUGUUUUUGGAGAUUUGUUUUACUGCAUCUGUCUAUUCAGCGGGCUGAUAUAAUAUCAGAUGGAGUUGGUAGUGAGAUUGCUGAAAUUGAGGGUGUACUAGAAGAAGCUGCUGAGCUUGUUGAUGAGUCUCAGCUGAAUAAACCAAGUUAUUACAGUACAUACAAAGUUAAAUAUAUUUUGAAAAGGCAAGAUGAUGGUUCAUGGAGAUUCUGUCGAGGCAGCAUCCAAAAUCAAAUUGUUCAACAGAAAAUCUGGUCACGUCUUCUGCACUGCUACAGUUUCAAAAAACAAAAAGUAACAAGAAUGCCAGAAUUGGGUAUAAAGAAAGUAGCAUAUGGAGGAGAGAUUUUUCUUUAAACAAAAGAGUUCAAAUUUUGGUUGAAAUGAGAGCUGCAUUUUAGGAAGAUGAUUGUUUUGUUGAUACUAUUAGAUUUUUUAUCAUAUCAGUGUCAAGUGUUUGGAUGCUUUUAUACCGUGAGGUUAUAUAGAUAUUUAGCACUAAAGGGAACCUUUGGAUUGUUAGCGGGUGCAGUCUGUCUUGGUCUGUGGUGAUUGGCUGUGCCCGUGCAUAGUAUGCUUGGAUCCCGUCUAGGGGGUGGUCUGGUGAAGAUGGAGUAUCUCCCCACUUGCCUUCAGCCUUUUAAUAUUAAUGGUGAAGGGAAAAUUUUCUUAUACGAUAUUCAAAUUGAUGCUCCACCUUUUCUUUUCUCUUGUUUUCUCAAAACAUCAUCAGAUCGACAUUUGAUAAAAGUUCACAUAGUAUCUGAUAGGCCUUAUGUUUGGGUAGUCUAAGCAAUGGUCUCUUAAUUGUUUGACAUGCCAAUAAUCAUAUAAUUUCAAGGGGGAACAGAAGGGCAAAUCGAUGCUAUGGUUGGAAAAAGAAACAAUCAGCAGCUUCAGAGCAGGUAAUUGUGACACCACAGGAUUCAAUAAAGCUCUGCUCGCAUACACCUUAAAGAAAGAAAGAAACACUGGAAUGGCACAAUCCAAUAGGCCUUAAUUGAAAGUUAAACCUUCAGGGGAACAGACUUUUUCCUAGUCUAAUGUUCCUAAACAUCUCCAUCGACACCUUGCUCUCUCUCUCUCGUGAAAGAAAGCUCAAGUGCUACAAAGAUGGUUAACAAAUUCCAAUAACAAACACCCAAAGAAAGAAGAGCUCUCCUUCCCUCGAAAUCCCACAGCUAAUAACGUCACAGAGUCAGGAACUGUACA